CAAUGCACGGUCUUGGCAGCCAUGGCAAUCCACUACCCGAUGGCCGUUGGCCUCAACAAAGGCCACAAGGUGACCAAGAAUGUGGUAAAGCCACGCCAUUGCUGCCACCAUGGGCGCCUGACGAAACUCACCAAAUUUGUUCGGGACAUGAUCCGGGAAGUGUGCGGCUUUGCACCUUACGAGAGACAUGCAAUGGAAUUGCUGAAAGUCUCCAAAGAUAAGCGAGCUCUGAAAUUCAUAAAGAAAAGGGUUGGGACUCACAUCCGGUCCAAGAGAAAGCGUGAAGAACUCAGCAACGUUUUGGCAGCCAUGAGAAAGGCAGCUGCCCAGAAGGACUGAACUGUUUUUCCCCAAUAAACAACAUUUUG